AGAUCUGGGCAGAGGAACCAGAGGGAAAAUCCACCUUCCCAGGCACAGCCAUAACAUCCACCUCAGUCAACUGCUUGUCAAGUUCACCACCAACACAGAGGGGGCUCAGAUAAUCAAGGAACAAUGUCGAGUGAUGAUAAAAGUAAAUCAAGUGACCCCAAGACUGAGCCCAAGAACUGUGAUCCCAAGUGUGAACAAAAAUGUGAGUCCAAAUGCCAGCCCAGCUGUUUAAAGAAGCUGCUGCAACGCUGCUCCGAAAAGUACCCACAGGAAAAGUGUCCAGCACCACCCAAGUGCCCGCCCUGCCCCUCACAGUCUCCUUCAUCCUGCCCUCCCAAGCCCUGCACCAAGCCCUGUCCUCCUAAAUGCCCUUCAUCCUGUCCACCUGCUUGCCCACCUCCCUGCCCACCUCCCUGCCCUCCCCCAGAGUGAGGCACUGUGGGCACUACCCAACCCCACCACCACUGCCACCUCCACCAUGUACAACGCUGUGGGGCUGGGGACUGAAACCAUGAACUGACAAGUAAACGUGUUCCUCUGCUGUGCAA